AUGUCAUCUACACAGAAUUCAUGGAAAUCGAUGAAAUCAGAAGGUGCAAUACUCACACGUCUUCUUCACUCUCCAUCCAAUUAUCUUCACCAUCAAGUGGUUGAUAAUGAUGAAAUUGUGAUUGUUCAGCCUACAGAUCGAGAAGAAGAUGGUCGAAGGGGAGAAGAAGAAGAGGAGAGAGAGAAACAGACGUCAAUCACAAUCGAAGUAGGAGAAGAUGUUGGGGAGGAGUUGACCGAUGAAGAUGGUGAAAUGAUAACAAUUCAACCCUCACCCUCGAUAUCUUCUACAAAUUCCACUUCGACAUCACAUCUAGUCAAUACACUUGUCAAUUCUACGUUGAAUGAAAUUCCUGUCAGAUUCCUGACGACACAGUCAUCUUCUAAGCCUGUUAAUAUCCUACCAGUGAAUGAUACUUCACAAACUUUAUCAACAAGUACACGAGGACGUGGUGCUCCACCUCAAAGUCUAUCAUUCCGACCAAUAUUACCAGCUGAGAGUACCCGCUCAACAAGUCUACGAAAUCCAUGUAUUGUCUCCAACUCCACUUUACCCACACUUUGGUUACGUUCAUCUGACACGAAUACGACAAUCGGUAUUACCGUUCCAGGAGGUGUGCGUAGUCAUACUGACCUGACGAGUGUUCUAGCUCAGAGUGCAGCUGUAAUGCAUUGUUCAACGAGGAAUAUUAUUAAUCGAUCUCCUGGAGCUAUAUGCUGCACACCAUCUGUCCCUGAGAAUACCACAGACGAUAACAGUGGGAAUAAUGCCAUCAAUAAUACUGCCCCUGGUAUUAUUAGCUGUGAUAGCAAUAGUAGUGGUAGUAGUGGUGUUUGUGUUGAUGGUGGUAUAAAAAUUCCUACGACUUCAGUAUUACCGAAUUUAUCACGUGAAUCAUCAGGUGGCGAUUAUUUAAUUCUCGAUGUCAAUACUAACACACAACAAACACUGAAUGGAAUUCCCCAUCCUGGAGCUUCAUUCAAUACAAAAUCUGUGAAUGAGCUGCACAGAUAUCAGUGUGCAUAUCCUGACUGUGUUGAAGUCUACUCAAAUGUGCAUAGACAGAAAGAAUCUGUUGAAUGGGAUAAUGGUAAAAGACGGUAUGUUUGCAGAGAGCGUGAUUGUGGUGCCGCAUUUGUUCGAUUCUAUGUGGCAAAACUCCAUGCGUUAACUCAUAGAGUUGAUCGUAAAAUUUCCACACGACUCUCAGAAUAUACUGUAUAUGUGCAGCAUCUUAUGAAUGGAAAGAAUUCUGGUGUGGGUGGUGAGCGGACAGUUGUCAGUCCACGAAACUUAGGUCCAACAAUUCCCACCGACACCACCACAAUCACCAUCACCUCAACAGCAACAACAACAACAACUACAAGUACAAUAAACAUCCCUUCACCAAUUACUCUCCUGAAGUCACCUAGUCAAUUCAGUAAGCAUAUCGAAACAUGCAAAUGUCGUAAAUGUCGUUGGCUCCCACACGCGCGUCCACCAAAUUCGAAACCUUCACCUCGAAUACCUCCUAUUACGCAUAUCAAUGGGAAAAAUUGUAUUGCCUUUCCACGCUCAUGUCCAUGGAAAACAUGUAGUAAGAUAUAUGGAAGUUUCAGAGAUUUAAUUCACCAUAUUUAUCGGCAUACUGGUGAACGACCAUUUGUCUGUGAUGAAUGUGAAAGAACAUUUAUACGAAAGCGUGAUCUACUGAGGCAUCGUAAUGAUCAUUCAAGAGGUGGAGAACAGCCAAGAUCUUUGUUUCGAAUUUCAGACUCCUUCACAGGCAACAAGUCAACGAGUUGA